GCUAUAAAUAUAGGUUGUUCGGUGACAUUUCAAGCAUCAUCAAAUCGCACUUUCAUAUCUACGACGUUUUAUCCGAGAUAGUUGAGUAGAGCACUGCAAGGAGAGAAGAAAAAAGUGAUGGAAGGUUUGAUUCCAUUUCUUCUCCAUUCAAUCAAGAAACAGAAGCCUCAUAACAGCUACAGGUCUCUCUCCAUGGGGUCGAGCCGUAGCUACCGUUUGUUGAUGGGAGGUGAAGGGGAGUCGGUUAAUGGUUCAUCUCAUCGGCGAACCAGGUCAGACUACCAGCCACCACCCAUGGAGUCUUUGGAGCUGCGGGCCAAUUUAGAUUUUCUCCGAUCUGGGAGCUUGAGGAAACGUUCUGUGAACUCUCCCCCGAUGACUGGCGGCUCGAAGUUUGAUGCAUAUCCUCAUCAAAUGGGCAAGCAAGUGAACAACAAAGCUAAUAUUCGACAAUAAGAGAUUCGAAGUAUUGAAGAUGACUCGACAGUAUUGUUCUUGAUUCUUUUGUAUUAUUACUUUAUAUCAUGUUCUUCUGUACUUUGUUGCAAGAUAAUUGUGUAUCCGAAAGGAAAAAAUAGGAAAUUGUAAAUUAAUUUCAUAAUAAUAAUAUACUUUGAUUCCAAAA